AUGGAGUCAGGUAGAUACCUCGCUCUCCUCGACUUCAUCAAGCAGGUAUCCCUGCUGUCCUUGUUCUUCCUCGUCUCCCAAGCCGGCUUCGUCAGCGGGGUGAUGGCAAGCAAGUUCUUCCUCGGCAUCCUGCAGACCGUCGCCCCGGAUUUCCAUUUCAAGCACCGCCCCGCCAUCUACGCGCUCGAGCUGAUCGCCGUCUGGUGGUGCUGGGUUCUCGUGCGCUACGUCAGCCUGGCCCUGUUCGUCAACGUGGCCGUGCUGCUGGCCAUUGACGACGGCCUCGUCUACGAGUCCCUCGAGGUCUGCAUCUUCGUCGUGCUGAUGGCCGCCGUCGGCUACUUCCUCUCCUGGAUCAUGAAGGCCGCGGGUAUCGAGGCCAUGCUGCUUUCUCAAUGCAACGACGUCGCGCACCGAUACAGAUGGGACCGAGCCCGUCUCCGCUACGCCGGUCGCAACUGGCCGCAGAACCCCCUGUUGAAGCAGAUCCUCUCCGUCGCCGACUGGGUCCACCAGUGGAACAACGGAGUGGUCGACCGCGUGAUGGCCCACGAGCUCCAGUACCCUCGCCGCUACAACCCGGACCCGGAGUCGUGGCCUCAGCAGGAUCUCGCGUUCCUCGACGACUCCGCCAACCGCGGCCGAGAGAUGUACAUUUAGC